UCCAAUAAAACAUUUUUCACUUUGUCUAUAAUUAGCGAAGCGGCAUAUCAACUCUUUAAUCACAGUGGAAAGCGGCAGCCGAAACAUCAAAUUAGGUGAAAAUAGAGAAGGAAACGCUACUGAAUAAUUAAUGGUCUAAUGACUAAUAAAGCGAAAUUUGUAAGUACUAUUCGAUCUCGGAAAAGGUGAAAAGAAAUAGCAAAUAGACGCCUACGCGACAUUUAAAUAACAAGAAAAAUUCCAAAUUUCUACAGUGGCCACUUAAAGUCAUAGACAAACCAGAUGACAGACACUCAAAAAAAUGCUUGUUCAUUUAAGUGGAAGUCGCUGUUACCCGACAGACUCACUUUCGUUUUCAGCAAAGUGGGGAAAGAUCAACGCAUGAGAAAAAAAUGUGAGUAUGUGUGUUCGUAUUUACUUUGGCGCCCAAAGCCACGAUGCUGUCAUACAGUAAGCGUCGCCGGCGCUGAAGAGUGAACGUGUGCGUGUGCGCAUGCGUGCGCAUAAUAAAAUGAAAAUAACAAAUAAAUGUUGAACAGCAGACAAAGAAAGCGAUCAAUAAGCUAGGCAAUAAAAGUUGCCGAAAAUAAAUAAUAAAAAUGUGAUAAAAACAAAAAAAAACAGAAAAUUAAAGUUGGAAAAAAUCUGAAGCGCCAGCCGAUGAAAUAACCGCGCUGCCCGUAAUGGACCAGUUUAGAAGGCGACGAAAACUGUGUGAAGCGCGGUUGGGCGCAGCCGGUUCGACGAGCCACACGACGAAAUGAGAGCGCAAGUAAAAGUGUGAAGAAAGUUCCCAGAUGCUUAAGUUUCGUAAGUUUUGGAAUUUUUACAAACCGGCAAUAAGUGUUGCGACAGACGUAAUUUCGGCUUAGCGGCGCGCAGACAUCAAAAAACGCAACGCACACAGUAUUCGAACCGGCUUAAACGAGCAAAGCGGCAGCACGCGCUAAUCAGCAGUGGGGAAGACGGAGAGGGUGUAGGCAGAAAAACGCAAAAUAUUUAAUAUUUAUUUACACACACACACACAAACACAUAAAAUUUGCAAUAAUGUUGCAAGUUGUGAAGGCAAAUCAGCUGGUUGUGCUAUUGCUGCUAACGCUAUUUUUAGCCAGCGACGCAAUCGAGCUGCUGGAGCAAAACAACAAUGAGCUAUUGGAACUAAAGCCAACAAAUGCACCGCCGACAAAUCAAACCAAAACCAAAGCCGCAAGCGAUGCGCUUCCACGGCAAUAUCCACCACAGUUUGGCGGUCCCUCAGGCGGUGGCGGCGGAGUUGGUGCCGUUGGCGGUUUCAACAAUUUCGCCGGCUGUCCGCUCUGCGAUGCUUCGGUUUAUAGCUAUUGUUCGCAGAAAAUGCUGCACGAUGACUGUUGCUGUGAUUUUCCAGUGGUCCAGCUACGCCCUCCACAAUGUUUCUAUACUGACUGCUCACUGUUGUAUGCUAAAUCCUGUUAUGAACACUCGCUAAUCAAGAACUGUUGCUGUAAUAAUCCAUACUGAGUAAAUGCAGAAAUUUUGAAAAUAUUUAAGGCAAAAUCGAAUUAAAUUAAAGUUAAAUUA